AUGGUAAACAUUGCGAAAUAUUUUGUGUUGCUGGAAAAUUUAAAAUUUGAACAUGCCUUGUCAAAAAAUCAAAAUGAUAAAGCCACGCCACAAACAGAAAAUUGUUUAACUGAGAAUCUUAGUGUUUUGAAAAAAUAUGUACAACUUGAUGUAGCCAAACAGUUGCAGGAGCUGUGCGAAGCGUUCCAAGUCACUUGCGAGCAGACUGCAACGAGACUUGAGAAAGAGGAAACUUGUGCUUAUAUAGUGCGACUGCUGCACGUGUUGCACACGUUGAGCACAAACAUAAAUUUCCAAAGCGAUGCCAAGGAGGACUUAAUAUCUGUGGCGCAUCUCAAACUAUGUAUACAAACCACACAGGAGCUGUCUUAUUAUGCACUGCGCUGCCAACUGCACCCGGAUUUUUAUAACUCUGCUGUAUUUAAAGCGGCACAAUGCGGCGCCAACUCAAAGUGCGACACUAAUUUGUUAUUGCUGAGCAUUAAGUGCAUCACACAACUUUUGCACAUACGCCAGUUGCACAUAGCUAAUGCCAUGGAAUUGGUGCAACGCGAUUUCCUAGCGGCCUGCAUAAGUUUGCGGGUAGCAGAGCUGACAGCAGCGCAGUCAACAGAGCUGCAGGCGGCAUUAACAUAUUUGUGGCAGCAUGAAUCAAAGGCAGAUUACUUUCGACAUGUAUUGCUGCUGAAGGCGACUCCAAAACUAAGCGCGCCUUUGGCCAAAGAGUUGCAUCAACAAUUGUUAAGCAAACUUGCUGCGCCACAUGGCUUUGCCAGCUUGUUGGCAGCGCUGCAGCUGUCCACCGGGAAUACAGCCAACACGCGGCAAGCAGAGAUUGUGUCCAAAAUAGUGGCGCAGCCAGGUUAUAGCGCACAAUAUCAGCAACGUUUAAUACAACAAAUAUUUGAAUUUUGCCGCAUGAAUGUGGCACGACUUGAUACCUUAAGCGCUGCUGUGUUAAGCCUGCGACGUCUUUACGAGCUGAACGCACAGAAUCGCCAGCAAAUUGAGCAUAUACUCUAUGAGGAUUGGCAGCCGCUGUUAGCGCCCGAAGAUUUACUGAGCGGUAUUAUUAUAUGGCAGCAGUCAGAGCUUAGUGAACGUCUUCAACUUUGGCAGCAACUCUUUUGCAGUUCCAGUGUUGCCUGCUUACCCUGUGAGCUGCUAGUGCAGUAUCUACCGCUGCUCUUACAGCUUUAUCAACAGUUGCCCUCGCAGCAGAGCCUAACAGCGCUGAUAACACGUUGUCUGGAUAAUCGUGAAGUUAAGCUGGAGCUUCCAGCGCUGUUGCAACGUUUAUUUAGCUGGCAGCUGGUAGGCGAGCCAACUUGGCAAGCUCUACAUGCGCGCAUAGUGCUGCUGCCUGCUGCGGAUACAGACUAUGUAACAGCUAAGGUAGCGCCUGUGGACUCGCAGCAGCCGCAGGAGAUAUGCCGUGUGCUGCCUACGCUACUCAUGGCUUGCCCAGAUCAUGCGCUUAGCUGCAAAGUAUUCUUAGCUUUGUUAAGUUUGAUUGUGGAACAGUUGGAUGCAGCACAGAGCGCACCACAAGCGGCUGACCUCUUAUCCUGCGAGUCAGAGCUGGCGCAGUUUUUGCAAAACAGGUAUCAAUUGAAGCUGGAGCUUUUGCUGGCGCUGCAGCAAUUGGUGUGCCAUGCGCCACUCAAAUCACAACUAGCACUGGAGCAGAGUAAACCUUUUAUAGCGCAAAUAGCCAAGCUGUUGCGCCUGUGCCAACAUCCAGAGGCAGAGCAAACGCUUUUGCUGUUGCUGCUGCUGCUAAGCGAACUGCUGGAGCGCAAUGAGCAACUGCAGCACGCAGACUGCACACAGCGACUGCGUUUGCCACUGCAACAGCUAGCGGCAAGCAGCAAGAAUGUGCUACUGAAACAGGCGCUGCAACCGCUGCUGCAGCUGCUCGUGGGUGACAUACAAGCUGAUGUAUCCAUCGACAUAGGUUUCCAACGCGCACGUGAGUUAAUGGAGCAACGUCAGCCACAUUUGCAGGUUUAUGGCAUGCAAAUAAUGUUGCAAGCCAUACGCAGCAAAGAUGCAACAUUUUUGGCGCAACGUCAUCGGAUCAUAGCAUUGGCGCUGGCCACAUUGAAGCACAAGGAGUCCUACACAUUUCUUAACUGUGUGCGUUUGUUUGCGGCGCUGGUGCAUGUCAUGGAGGCUGAGGUGCUGGAAAUGCUGAGCGAUGAGUAUCUAGCGGAGACAGCGGAGCUGGACUACAGACUGGUAGUGGGCGAGGCCAUACUAAAGGCAGCACAGGAGUUGGGUCCUUUAUGCUAUCGCUACAAGUCAGUGCUACUCAAUUGUUUUUUACAUGGCGCACGCUCAUCCCUCGAUGAAUUUCGAAGCUCUGCGUAUGCAAACUUGGCGCAACUCUGCCGCUUGCUCAGCUACCAGGUGCACAGUUUCUUUCAGGAACUACUCCAGCUUAUUGACAACGAACUAAGCACUGGUCGUUAUUUGCCCGCCAAGCGUGGCGCUUUGUUGGUGCUCGCCGAGCUGCUGGCGGGCAUGGAGAGUCUCUUGGAUCAUCAGGAGCUACUGCUGCCUAUUUAUAGAUUAUUGCGUGCUAUUGAAUCCGCUGAGAGUUGUGAUGCCCAGAUGCGUCAACAUGCUGCUAAUGGACUGAAAACGCUGAAUGAGAAAUGUCGUGAGCUGUUAAGCAAAGAUCCCAUGGAGCAGAUGCAGCAAGAGAUUCGUGUGUUUGGCAUUAAGGAACCGCAAGCGGGCAAGCGUGGUCACAUUCUAGAGUUAAAUUAAAUUAAGUUUACAUUACUUAGAUGCCCUAUGUACAGAGAGAUCGGCAGAGCGU